CGUGUUCACGGCAGCAUCAUGAACACCUAUGGAGCGACUGUGCACAGCAGAAACAGCUUCAAACCCGACGACAAGAGAAAAUAAAAAUGCUACAGUAGAAUUGCAUCGAACAUGCAGAAGAAACUGCUUUUCUAACAACUGUGACAUACUAUGGUAAAAAUGGAGUUUGUAAAAGAGGAGAUUGAAGACAUGAGUGAUCUAGAACCAUCCAGAAUAAAACAUGAAGAUGCUGAGGAGCAAACAGACCUUAUUGAAGUAAAGGAGCUGAAUGAAGAGGAAGAUCAAAACGGAGCUCAAGGAACAGAAGCCAAAAGCCCCUUCACUUGCCCUCAGUGUGAAAAGAGUUUCACGCAAAAAGGAAGUCUUAUUAAUCACAUCAGAAUCCACACCGGAGAGCGUCCCUACAUGUGUCCGCAGUGCGGAAGGAGCUUCACGCGUAAAUACAGCCUGAACGUGCACUUAAGAGUCCACACUGGAGAGAAACCGUACACCUGUCCUCAAUGCGCAAAGACUUUCACCCAAAAGGAACACUUGAAUAAUCACAUAAGAAUUCAUACUGAAGACAAACCAUUCGUAUGUCAUGAAUGCGGAAGCGGUUUCACACGCAACGACAGCCUGAAGAACCACUUAAGAAUUCACACCGGCAUCGAGCCCUUGAUUUGCCCUCAGUGUGGGAAGAGUUUUAACUGGCCGCACAAUUUCAACAAUCACCUGCGCUCUCAUUCUGAAGCGAAUCCUUUUUUCUGCGAUCAGUGUGGUGAAAAAUGCCCAUCUGCGUCUGCUUUAAGAUACCACCUCCAAUCUCAUACAAACGAAAGGCCUCACUUGUGUUCUUCGUGCGGGAAGAGUUUUGCACGGCUGGACUCUUUUAAAGCGCACCAGAAGUUGCACAGCGGCGUGAGACCUCACGUGUGUUCAGACUGCGGCAGGACGUUUAAUAAAGCCACCAACUUGAAAGAGCACCAGAAGAUUCAUACUGGAGAAAGACCGUACAAGUGUUCGCUUUGUGACAAGAGUUACAGUCAGGCGGGAUCCUUGAAAGCACACGAGCGAGUUCAUACUGGAGAAAGACCGUAUCUUUGCGCUCAGUGUGGGAAGAGUUUCUUCAAAUCAAGUCAUCUGGUGGCACAUAUAAAAAUACACCGGCCAAACGCUUCACAGUGAGCAGCUGUACAUAUAAACAUUGACUUUGAACUAUCUAAGUGGAUAUUUUAUGGUAUCAGUACAGUGUUUUGCAUUGGAUAAUGCAUUUAAAUUAAUCUUAUCUGAUAAAAGUGAAUAGAACAUUUAAUAUAAUGUUAAAUAUAUGCAUGAGAGCUGAAAUAACUUUAAAUUACAUAAAGAGACAUGUAAAGCACUUUUAUUUUAAACCAAGACACUACAGUCCAUUAACUUUUGUUUAAUUUCAUGCACUGGUCAGUUUUGAGAUUCUAGGUUUUCAUAAUGCAUUCUGGAGAGAAAACAUCCGAAAUAUGUUUAAGUGUUUAUUUUAUUGCACUUUAUGUAUUUGCAUCUGAUUUCAAAUACAAUGUACGUUUUUAAAUGGUUUUCUCAAAAAGGUUUUUUUUUUCUCCUUUAAAAACAAACAAACUUGGCUUCUAUCUGUAUUCUGGUUGGUUUUACAGAAGGGUUUGUUCAUAUACCAUUCACCUGAUAUAUGUUUAGCAUUUUAUUCCUAAAAACAUGAUGAAAAUGAUUUAUUUUCUGGCUUUUGACAGUGUUUUGAUUUAUGGAGUAAUAAGAAACUUUAAUAUGUCAAUUUGUAUGCAAAACAAGAUGAAACAUUUCUUACAUAUUUAAACACAUUUUUUAGAAAACUUGCAAAUCAAAAUUUUUUUUGCAAUGUAAUAAAUUCUAAGAUACAAAUUGCAAAAAUUUUUUUAGAAUUUAAAGCUUAAAAAGUCGCAAUUGCUGUUGCCUCACAAUUCUCCAUCUAAACUAAAUUUUAAGAGGAAAAGUCUGAAUUAAAUUGUUUUUUGAUUUAUGGAGUAGUAAGAAACUUUAAUAUGUCAACAAAAUGAAAAUAAUUUUUAAUCUGCCUUUAUCCAGUGUUCAGAUUUGUAUGCAAAAAGUGCAAAUUUAAUUAGAUGAAACAAUACUUGCAUAUGUAAACACAUUUUUUAGAAAACUUGCAAAUCAAAAAAAUGUUUGCAAUGUAAUAAAUUAUAAGAUAUAAAUUGCAAUUUUUUUUAAAAAGUCGCAAUUGCCUCAAUUCUCCAUCUAAACCAAAUUUUGAGAAGAAAAGUCUGAAUUACAUUUUUUUUAUUCAUAGAGUGAUUAAAAACCUCUAAUAUGUCAACAAAAUGAAAAUAAUUUAACCAGUGUUCAGAUUUUUAUGCAAAUAAGUGAAAAUUUAAUUAAAUAAAGCAUUACUUGCAUAUGGAAAUAAGUUAUUCUUUUUUUCAUUAUAUACAUUAUAAUAGUGUUACUGCACUGGUCAGUUUUGAGAUUUUAGGUUUUCAUAAUGCAUUCUGGAGAGAAAACAUCCAAAUUAUAUGUUUAAGUGUUUAUUUUAUUGCACUUUAUGUAUUUGCAUCUGAUUUCAAAUACAAUGUACAAUUUUAAAUGUGGUUUUCUCAAAAUGUGUUUUUUUUUUUCUCCUUUAAAAACAAACAAACUUGGCUUCUAUCUGUAUUCUGGUUGGUUUUACAGAAGGGUUUGUUCAUAUACCAUUCACCUGAUAUAUGUUUAGCAUUUUAUUCCUAAAAACAUGAUGAAAAUGAUUUAUUUUCUGGCUUUUGACAGUGUUUUGAUUUAUGGAGUAAUAAGAAACUUUAAUAUGUCAAUUUGUAUGCAAAACAAGAUGAAACAUUUCUUACAUAUUUAAACACAUUUUUUAGACAACUUGCAAAUCAAAAUUUUUUUUGCAAUGUAAUAAAUUCUAAGAUACAAAUUGCAAAAAAAUUUUUUGAAUUUAAAGCUUAAGAAGUCGCAAUUGCUGUUGCCUCACAAUUCUCCAUCUAAACUAAAUUUUAAGAGGAAAAGUCUGAAUUAAAUUGUUUUUUGAUUUAUGGAGUAGUAAGAAACUUUAAUAUGUCAACAAAAUGAAAAUAAUUUUUAAUCUGCCUUUAUCCAGUGUUCAGAUUUGUAUGCAAAAAGUGCAAAUUUAAUUAGAUGAAACAAUACUUGCAUAUGUAAACACAUUUUUUAGAAAACUUGCAAAUCAAAAAAAUGUUUGCAAUGUAAUAAAUUAUAAGAUAUAAAUUGCAAUUUUUUUUAAAAAAGUCGCAAUUGCCUCAAUUCUCCAUCUAAACUAAAUUUUGAGAAGAAAAGUCUGAAUUAAAUUUUUUUUAUUCAUAGAGUGAUUAAAAACCUCUAAUAUGUCAACAAAAUGAAAAUAAUUUUUAAUCUGCUUUUAACCAGUGUUCAGAUUUUUAUGCAAAUAAGUGAAAAUUUAAUUAAAUAAAGCAUUACUUGCAUAUGGAAAUAAGUUAUUCUUUUUUUCAUUAUAUACAUUAUAAUAAUGCAUUCUGGAGAGAAAACAUCCAAAUUAUAUGUUUAAGUGUUUAUUUUAUUGCACUUUAUGUAUUUGCAUCUGAUUUCAAAUACAAUGUACAAUUUUAAAUGUGGUUUUCUCAAAAUGUGUUUUUUUUUUUCUCCUUUAAAAACAAACAAACUUGGCUUCUAUCUGUAUUCUGGUUGGUUUUACAGAAGGGUUUGUUCAUAUACCAUUCACCUGAUAUAUGUUUAGCAUUUUAUUCCUAAAAACAUGAUGAAAAUGAUUUAUUUUCUGGCUUUUGACAGUGUUUUGAUUUAUGGAGUAAUAAGAAACUUUAAUAUGUCAACAAAAUGAAAAUAAUUUUUAAUCUGCCUUUAUCCAGUGUUCAGAUUUGUAUGCAAAAGUGCAAAUUUAAUUAAAUGAAACAUUAGUUGCAUAUUUAAACAAAUCAAAAAAUGUUUGCAAUGUAAUAAAUUGCAAAAAAAAAAAAAAAAGAAUUUAAAGAUUAAAAAGUUGCAAUUG